AUGGCUGGCGAAUCCGAUAUCGGCAGCACCGUCGCUCAACCCGACAUGGAGCGUGUUGAAGCCGUACAGGAUGCAGCCAGCAUGGCCAUUGCCCCGGCUGUGGAGGGAGAUUCCGAGGAACGAGCUGCCAAGCGCCUUAAGAUGGAUCCUGCAGCCGAGCCGGCAGAUUCAAAAAUCGACGACAAGGCCAUCCCCGAAACCGGUGUGCCCGACGAUGGCGAGGGCGCCAAGGAGACCAAUGCCAACGGCAGUGGAGAUCGCCGAGCAGGCAUGGCUCCUGUGAAGAAGGAGUUUCUCAUCGACGUGUCCACCCUCAGGAACAACGCAUCGUCCGAUGUCAUGGACGACGAUGAAGCCGAGGGCCGAGGAAACGGCGACAAUGCCACCCGGAGAGACGACAGAGACAGGGAUGACCGGGACGCCGGCGGCCGAGGAAAGGGGAGGAAGGACAGAAAGGACAAGAAGAAGAAGGGGCAGAACACGGAGCGCACAUUUGGCAAGUUCGAGGAUGCCGCCCCCCUCUGCAACAGCAGAGCCUUGUACCCCGAGUUCUCCCCCCGCGAAUGCAAGUUCGGCGAUCGCUGCAAGCUCUCUCACGACAUACGAAAGUAUCUGCAGGACGGCCGCCGCGGCGACAUCGAGACCCUUGGCGGCGUGUGCCCCAUCUUUGAAAAGUUUGGCUCCUGCCCCUCGGGAUGGAAGUGCCGCUUUCUCAACAGUCACAUGGCCGAGGUCGAGCGUCAAGACGGACGCAAGGAGCUCGUCUUGGUCGACAAGACGGCGGAGAAACCAGCCGACGAGGAUGGGGCAAAGGGCGGGAGCGUCGACGCCGGCGGUGCCGCCGAGGGGAAUGGAGCGAAGCAGGACGACCACGCGGAGCGACGGGCGGGCAUCGUCAACAUUGUCAGCAUGAGCGACAAGAUGGACCUGAGCCGCAAGCGAAUCGACUACGCCAAAGCCGACGAGUACAUCAAGUGGAUGAACGGGGAAUCCGACAUCAACCAGGAGUUUUUCCACCGCCGCAAGGACCAGUCCGCCGAAGGCAUCGAUGACCUCCGCGCCCGCUACGUCGACCCGCCCUUCAAGCCUUCGGAGAAACGGCGACUCUACUUCGGCCCCGAGACGCCGACCCUCGCCCCCCUGACGACGCAGGGCAACCUUCCGUUCCGUCGGCUCUGCGUCGAGCUGGGCUGCCAGCUCACCUACUCGGAGAUGGCCAUGGGCAUGCCGCUUCUGCAAGGCUCCAAGGCCGACUGGACCCUCAUGAAGGCGCACGAGUCGGAGAUUUCGCCGCCCAAGUUCGCGCCGGUCGGCAAGACGUUCGUCUUCGACGACUACGACAACUCCAAGGACAUCAAGUUCGGCGCCCAGAUAUCCGGCAACCAGCCCUGGCUGGUCACCAAGGCGGCCGACAUCCUGAACCGGCUCUGCCCGCACCUCCGCCUCAUCGACCUCAACUGCGGCUGCCCCAUCGACAUGGUCUUCAAGUCCGGCGGCGGCUCCGGCCUGCUGGACGCGCCGAGCAAGCUGGAGCGCAUGAUCCGCGGCAUGAACGCAACCUCGGGCGAGAUUCCCAUCACGGCCAAGAUACGCACGGGCGUGAAGAACAACCGGCCCGUCGCGGCCCAGCUCAUUGGCCGCCUCGCCUUUGGAGGCCGCGAGCAUCGCGCCCGUCUCGGCGCCCCCGGCUGCGCCGCCGUCACCCUCCACGGCCGCAGCCGCGAGCAGCGGUACACCAAGAGAGCCGACUGGGGCUACAUCGGCGAGUGCGCGGCGCUCAUCAAGCAGUACAACGAGCAGAAGAGCGCGCUGACGGACACCGUCGCCGAGCCGGACGAGAGCACCCUCCCCAACGCCAAGGACGGGCGCAUGUACUUUCUCGGCAACGGCGACUGCUACUCGCACCACGACUACUUUGAGAACGUCGAGAAGGCGCGCGUCGACAGCGUCAUGAUCGGCCGCGGCGCCCUCAUCAAGCCGUGGAUCUUUGAGGAGAUCGAAAAGGGCCAGUACCUCGACAAGUCGUCGAGCGAGCGCCUGACGUACAUUGAAAAGUUUGUGCGCUACGGCCUCGAGGCCUGGGGCACCGACGAGCUCGGCAUCGGCUUCACCAGGCGCUUCCUGCUCGAGUGGAUGAGCUUCACCCAUCGAUACGUGCCCAUCGGCCUGCUCGAGCAUCUACCGCCGAACCUCAACGACAGGCCACCCGCCUACAAGGGGCGUGACGAGAUGGAGACGCUGAUGGCGUCGACCAACUACAAGGACUGGAUCAAGAUCAGCGAGAUGUUCCUCGGGCCCGUCCACCCGACCUUUCAGUUCAUUCCCAAACACAAGUCCAACGCCUACGAGGCCGAGGGCUGA